GAGAAGGCGGCUGGAGGACAGACGGUCCGGCAAACCGAGAAGGUGGGAAUGACCCUGGCGGUGGACUACGCCGGCCUCCGGAGUCCCUAACUGCAACCACUAGCCCACUCGUUUGUGCUUUGCGCCUUCUUCCUCCGCCCCUGGGGGUAGUAUCCGGCCCCGGAAACCCUGCCCGCAGACGAGGCACCUUUAUUUCGUGGGAGCUGGGGCCCACGGAAGGGGAGAGGCGGCCGUCUUGUCAACGCGCCCGGAGAAGCCGUGUUUUCGCGGCCGCCCGGCGCGACACCCUCCCCGGACCCAGCAUGUAGGUGCCAGGAGGCUGCCAUGAACUCCGGAGCCAUGAGGAUCCACAGCAAAGGACAUUUCCAGGGUGGAAUCCAAGUCAAAAAUGAAAAAAACAGACAGUCUUUGAAAUCUCUGAAAACUGAUAACAGACCAGAAAAAUGCAAAUAUAAGCCACUUUGGGGAAAAGUAUUUUACCUUGACUUACCUUCUGUCACUCUAUCUGAGAAACUGCAAAAGGACAUUAAGGAUCUGGGAGGGCGAGUUGAAGAAUUUCUCAGCAAAGAUAUCAAUUAUCUUAUUUCAAAUAAAAAGGAAGCUAAAUUUGCACAAACCUUGGGCCGUAUUUCUCCUGUACCAAGUCCAGAAUCUACUUAUACUGCGGAAACCACUUCACCUCAUCCCAGCCAUGAUGGAAGUUCAUUUAAGUCUCCGGACACAGUGUGUUUAAGCAGAGGAAAAUUAUUAGUUGAAAAAGCUAUCAAGGACCAUGAUUUUAUUCCUUCAAAUAGUAUAUUAUCAAAUGCCUUAUCAUGGGGAGUAAAAAUUCUUCAUAUUGAUGACAUUAGAUACUACAUUGAACAAAAGAAAAAAGAACUGUAUUUACUCAAGAAAUCAAGUACUUCUGCAAGAGAUGUGGGGAAAAGAGUUUGUACUGGUACACAAAAAACAAGAACAGGAAGACUCAAAAAGCCUUUUGUAAAGGUGGAGGAUAUGAGCCAACUUUAUAGGCCAUUUUAUCUUCAGCUGACCAAUAUACCUUUUAUAAAUUAUUCUAUUCAGAAGCCCUGCGGUCCAUUUGAUGUAGAUAAGCUGUCUAGCAUCCAAAAGCAAACUCAGGCUAAACUAAGAAUCCAAACGGAUGGCAAUAAAUGUGGUGGGACCCCAAUUCAACUCCAGCUGAAAGAGAAGAAAAAAAAAGGAUAUUGUGAAUGUUGCUUACAGAAAUAUGAAGAUCUUGAAACUCACCUUCUAAGUGAACAACACAGAAACUUUGCGCAGAGUAACCAGUAUCAAGUUGUUGAUGAUAUUGUAUCUAAAUUAGUUUUUGACUUUGUGGAAUAUGAAAGGGACACACCUAAAAAGAAAAGAAUAAAAUACAGUGUUGGAUCCCUUUCUCCUAUUUCUACAAAUGUCCUGAAAAAGACUGAACCAAACGAAAAACUAGAGUUGCGACAUAUUUCUCAGAAAGACUUCAGAGGAAAUAAUAUACAGGUGAUCGAGCAGAAUUUCCUGUAUAAAGAAACCCAGGAACCUGAUCAAAAGCUUGUGUUUGUUUCAGAACCUAUCCCCUGCCCUUCAAAUGAAUUAAGACGACUUAAUGAGAAAACAACUAAUAAAUGUUCCACGUUAAAUCUAGCUGAAAAUGACAUAAAAGAGAAUUUUACACAGCUGCCUCCACAUAAAAAUAAACAGGAAUGCAUUCUUGACAUUUCUGAACAUAAGUUAAUUAGAAAUGAAAAUGGCUUAGAAGAAAUAAGGGUAGGUUGCUGUCCAUGUAGGCUACAGACAUCUACACAAGUUUCUAGUUGCAAUAAAGAUAAUAGCGCAUCUCAGCUAAAACAAAAGUCAAAUGCUGCGUUUUUUCCAGCAAAGGAGCUGAGGGAAAAGGACCUUCAUUCAGUAGUUGGUCAUGCUUCUGGUUUGAUAACGGUAAACAGUUCACAAGAGCAUGUAACAAUUGAGGCAAAGACGCCCUCCCAUAAUCUUCCUGAGGAACCCAAUGAAUGUGACAUCAAAAAUAUGGACAGUUUGCCUUCUGGUAAAAUCCAUCGAAAAGUGAAAAUAUUGGGACGAAAUAGAAAAGAAAAUCUGGAACCAAAUGCUGAAUUAGAUAAGAAAAGAACUGAAUUUCUUAUUACACAAGAAGAAAACAGAAUUUGUAGCUCACCAGUACAAUCUCUACUGGAGUUAUUUCAGACUAGUGAAGAGAAAUCAGAAUUUUUGGGUUUCACAAGCUACACGGAAAACAUGAGUAUAUGUGAUGUUUUAGAUAUUUGGGAAGAGGAAAAUUCAAAUAAUCUGUUGUCAAUGUUUUUCUCUUCCCCUUCAACUUCUACAUUUACUGGCUUUUAGAUUUUAAAAA